GGCGAACUCGCGUCCACCUUGUCAGAACAUCUCGACUCCACCGCCUCCUCGUCGACCCCAAUGAUCACCCCAGAAUGUGCCAUCGCUGGCGACAUAUCGUUCUUCGUCCACACGAACAACUCAAUUCGCGCUGGUUCUCCACAUGACUGUGCCCGUCAUCCUAGAUGGAGGGAACACCCAGCGCCAGCAGCAGUCGAGCUGCGGGGAGAAGCAUCACCAAGGGUGCCACAAAUCGGCCGCCAAAAGAUCUCACAAAGCUCAAGGCCACACCGACAGCCUCUGGUCAGAGAUUCCAGUGUCCGCGGUGUCCCAAGAAUUUCAGCCGCAUUGAGAAUUUGACGCGGCACCAGGCCAACCACGAAGAACAGGGGAAGUUCGCAUGUCCCACCUGCAGGAAGAGGUUCACUCGCAGUGACCUUCUUAAUCGCCAUCGCCGCAUUCAUGGCGCCCAGCAAGAGCCCAAGUCCCACGUGACCCAGGGCGAUUAUUCAGGACCCGCCGCCCCAGGGUUUGACAACCGGCUUGCUCGCAGGUCAACGUCUCAGGAUGGGCCCAGCAAUCUCUCGAGUCUGGCUCCGAGCAAUGUUUACCAAACUCAAAUUCAGCCUCAAGGACUUACGUAUGCGUAUCAAAACGCGUUUCAGCAAAAUCAGGCCCCCGGCCAUCACUCCACAAUGCUCAACACGGCGCCCCAGACUCAAGGGCUCACGAGCCUUAUGGAGGCGGCUCUGGCCCCCCAAGGAGUUGGAUCGUUCACUCCUGGAGAGAACAUCAACCCGUUGCUAUGGGACGGGUUCAUGCGAUUCGGCGAGAACAACAAUUCGUACAUGGGAUCUUACGACGCAGACAUGUCUUUUCAUUUUUUUAAUGCGGAGCAGUCUCCGAACUACCUCCUCGAGAAUGAUCUUAUGAAUACCUUCGAUGACUUCGGCGACAACCCAUACCAGUUCCAGUCUUUGCAAUACGAACCCCCAGCCCCGCCAAACGAAAAUGAUUCAGAGGCAGAAGACGAGGAGGAUACCACGGAUUGGCCGGACAAAGCCUCACGGCCCGAAGGCUCACAAAGACGUACUCCUCGUGUUGUUCCUGUUCAACAUCAACUAAUAUCCUGGGAACCUGUUCUCCAGGAAGCAAGAGCAAGUGGGCUCUCUCCCGCAACCAUCAGGCCCCUCGAUUCCGUCAACGAUGACUUACGAGAAGUGAUGCUUUCUUCUCUGAAUGGGCCGAACUUCAGAAACGAGAUAUCAGGAGCAGAGAUUAGCGAUGUCAUGUUCCCUCCAGCAGAAGCAUUAGACUUUUUUAUUCGACUGUACAUGAGAUACGUCCAACCCAGGUUUCCAGUCCUCCACCUCCCAACAUUCGACCUGUACAAUACUUCUCCGCUGCUCCUAAUCACGAUGAUGUUCCUUGGCUCUAGCCAUGCGACGACGGAUCAAGGGCGGUUCUCUCGUCUCUUCCAUGAGCAUAUGAGAGUUGCCGUUAUCCGAAUACAAGAAGCAGACAAGAAAUUCCUUCGAGAUGUAGAUAAUGUUCUCACGUACUUCCUCCUCUGCCUGGCUGGGACAUGGAGCGGAAGCAAGAAUUCAUACGAAUUCGCCGAAGGUGGACGUGGGAUUCUCGUUACAGCAUGUCGAAGAUGCCGCCUCCUCGACUGUCGACCAUCAGCAAGCGUCGAAAUAGAAAGCUACCUCCGGCCAGGGGUAAGUCAAUUAGAAGCUACCUGGUUAGCCUGGGCCGAGACCGAGAAGCGAAAACGAUUGGGGCUGUCCAUCUAUAUCUACGACUGCCAAUACCCCACCCUCUUCAACAACCAACCCUACGUCAGCAAGGCUGAGACUACAACCUGCGCUUUCCCUUGCGCAGCGGCUUAUUGGGACGCACCUACCGCUGAAUCCUGGAAAAUGGCCCUAGGACCGGCACUCACACCGCCGGUGACCUUCUACCUUCACGCCUUGAACUCCUGCCUAUUACGAAAAUGGAUCAAGCCGCCACCUCCUAUCGUGCCGACCAGCGAGUUUGGCAAAAUCGUCCUCAUGUACGCCCUGCACACGCACGUGUUUGAAUGGCGACAAAGCACCUCGAUGCUGAACCCGACUGGUCUCCAAGGGACCUUCGGGAACGUCGACUCGGCGUACGACAUCGGCGAGGGCCUCCGGGAACGCCGCAGAUGGCUGAAAGACGGUUUAGAUAGCUUCGCGGAAUGCUACGGCGGUCCUGGGACUUCUGCCGGGGCCUCCCUACUCCUCCAGCUCGGCUAUGUAGCCCUCGACGUCUCCCUCUCAGACAUGCACCUCGUGGCCGGGCGCUCGGUAAACAAGAACGACGCGUCGUUCGCCGAAGAGAAUCUCAAGUACUGGGCCAACAGCGAGAUCGCAGACUCGACCAUGGGACACAUCUACACCAUGCUCGAGCUGUGCCACCACUGCAUCAACGUCGGCGCCGUGGCGGAUAGCUCUUACGAGGUGGCGGUGUGUUUGUUCACGGGAGGCAUGGUGUGUUGGGCGUUCAGCAAGUUGAGGCUUGGCUUGGAUGUGGCGGGGCGGAAAGAGCAAUAUGUAGAGCAAGUCCGGAAGGCGAGCAGUGCGUUGAGACAGAUGGGGUGUUGGAGGAUGUGUUCCAUGUUUGGGACUAUCUUGGCCGCGCUAGAGGCGAAGACUUCGCAGCCAGCGGUGUAG